GCAUUACCAAAUUGGCUCAACACCGUGCCGAAAGUUUGGUUUUCCGAUGCUUUCCUGCUGUGUGGCUCCGGUCGUGGACGAUGUCCAGACAGAAGUUGAAGUUGUGACCGGCACUGGUUUGGACACCGACCAGAAGGAACUUGAAGAUGCCUUCGAUGCCUUCGAUGCCUUCGAAAACACUGAGCAGCCCACCUUGCUUCGACAGGAUCGGAGUUUGCAAGACCUGAAAGCAGUGAAUCUGCCGGCGGACAAGGCGCCUCCCAAAAUACAGCCAGUGGAUCCUGUGGACUCGAAGCAUUGGCAGGUGAUUUUCAAGGAUGAAGAAACAAAUGUGAGGAUGGAAUAUUUGCCCAGCAAAUACAUUCCCGGCGGAGCGACCUACCGUGCACGUGCGGUGAUGGAGAUGCCAUUGAGUGUGGAAGAUGCACUGAUGUGUUUUAUGGACUUCUCCAAGAAGAAGUUGAACUAUGCUCGUGACUACAAGGACAUCAGCGUGGACAAGGUGUUGAAACACACCGGACAACUUCCAGGAAAUUUGCCGGAAGAAAGCAUCGUGACAGUGUCCCUGAACUUCUCGGGAUUUCUGUGGAUUGUAAAACCGUUCUUUCCUGCUUCUAUUACGUUGCAUUUAUCCGUUGAGGAAGAUGUGAACUGUCCCGGACAAUACCACUGGAUGCAGGAGAGCUUGGGGCCCGACGGACGGCCGGACGGCCGGACCAAGAAGGGCGGAUCCAUCGAAGCGCAUCCGUCAGGAGAGAAGGGGAAGUGCAUGUUGGCCUCCCUUAGCGAGGUGCCAUCCUGGUUUCCUGUGUGGGUCAUGAAGUACUCCGCGCCCAAGAUCAAGACCUACCUCUCUGAAUACACUGGGCGCUAUUUGGAAUACAAAAAGACUCUCCAAUGAGGUAGGCUGAUUCUGAUACGCGCAGAAAGACAUUGUGAAAAAUCUUCCAUCAAUGGAAGAGCUUCACGUUGAUGGGCUCUGGGUCAGAAUUGUUGGAGUCCAAAAAUCGAAGAACCGAAG